ACUGGAGGAAACUACUUCAGGGUGAUCAUCAGACAACUGACCAGACAAGAUGAAGGGACCUACAGGUGUGGAGUGGACAAACCUAUUAUACCUGACAGUUAUACCAAGGUAGAGCUGGAUGUGAAGAAGGAUGACUGCUGUGAGAAGUCAGUCACAGAGACGGCCUAUCUGGGAGGAGAAGCUACCAUCAGAUGCAACUAUCCAGAGGACCAUGAGGACAGCAUCAAGUAUUUCUGCAAGGAAAGCAAUGACCUCAAGACUUGUGUUAAUAUGACCUCUGCUCACCAGACAACUGCAGAAGCUGGUCGUUUCUCUGUGUCUGACAACAGAAGAGAGAGAUUCUCCACAGUGACCAUCAGGGACCUGACUGAAGAUGAUACUGGGACCUACUGGUGUGGAGUAGAAACCAGCAGGACAGAACAACGUUACAUUACACUGAUCACACAGGUGAAGCUGCUUGUUAGAACCUCCUCUGCUCCCCAUGCUGUCCACCUGCAGUAG